AUGGAUAGUCUUUUUACAAUUAAUAUAAAUCCAGAUGAAAAUGUAAGUAUAAAAAAAGGAAAAGAUAAUAUUAAGAAAUAUAGCAAAGAAGGAAAUGAUGAAGAAAAGAGUGAAGAGGAUGAUAAACUAAUAAACUUUAAUAUAAAUGAAAUAAGUGAUGAAAAUACUUUUGAAAUGUUAGGAGAUUUAAAUGAGAAUCAAAUAAAACAGUUUAUAAAUGUUAGGAAAAAUAUAAGAAAAUAUAUUUUAAAAUCAUUUAAAAAAGAUCAAAUUAUAAAUGGGCGUCUAGAAAACUCAGAAAUAGAAUUUUUGUGUGAUGAAAAUAAAAAGAACAAUGAUCGAAUCAAAUUGAUUUUAAGAAAAGAUAUAAUUAACAAUGUAAUAAAUAAUUUUACUAAGGAUAAACAGAAAAGGAACAAGGCUAAUGACAUGAACAAUAGAUAUUUUUAUUUAAAUUCUGAUGAAAAAGGAUAUAAUAACAAUGAUGAUGAUGAUAAUUAUAAUGAAGAAGAAGAGGAUGAGAAGAAUUUUAUGGAUUUAUUUAUGGACACUGAUAUGUUUGAAAAAAAAAUAAAUGAAGAAAAUGAAAGAAUUAAUCAAGCAGAUAUUAAUGAUGAUAAAAAAUUAAGUGAUAAAAAUGAAGAUGAUGAUUUACAUUGUGGUGAUAAAAAUGAAGAUGAUGAUUUACAUUGUGGUUAUAAAAAUGAAGAUGAUGAUUUACAUUAUGGUGAUAAAAAUGAAAAUGAUGAUUUACAUUAUGGUGAUAAAAAUGAAAAUGAUGAUUUACAUUGUGGUGAUAAAAAUAAAAACGAUAAUUUACAUUGUGUUGAUAAAAAAAAUGAAUACCAUGAUGAAGAACUAGCUAUUGUAAUUUCCAAAAAUAGUGAUGAGGAUAAAAUCUCGGUUAAGAAUGAUAAUAGAUCAAUUGAAGAAAAGUGUAUUGUGCCAAAAACGUUUAAUAAGGUACUCUUUAAUUUCGAGGAAAUUAUAAAAAAUUGGAAGUUAAAUUUCCCAGAUAUCAAUACAGAAAAUCUCUUUUUUCAUUUAUUUUUUUUAUCAGAAUUAUAUAAGGAGAAAAGAUAUAUAUGCCAAAAUUGUGGUUCAAUAGAAUGUGAAAAAGAUCCUUUUAUGAAGACUAAAUGUUUAAAUAAUUUCUGUUUCUUAUGUCAUAAACAUAUAUCAGAGAAUAUGUGUCAUAAUACAAGAUCACAAUAUGUAUCAUUUAAAUCACAUAUGAGUUCAUUUAAUGAUUAUAGAAAUGUAAUGUAUCCAUAUAACUAUAUUCCCUGUUUAAGUUGUUUCACAAGAAAACAUAUGAAGUGUGGGUUCCCUCCAUAUAUAUUUGCCAAAAAUACUUAUUGUUAUAGAAAAGACUAUAGUUUUAAAUCAAAUAGACCAUAUGUUUUAUAUAUGAAUAAUCCAUUAUAUAUAUGGGAUAUUUCGAAUGAUAAGAAAAAUAGAAUUGUUGAUAGUACGAAGAAUGAUAAUGAUAUAAGUGUUAUAAAUAUAAAAGAGCAUAAAUAUAAUACCUUGUAUAACCAUGAUAAAAUUUCUGAUAUAUAUAGCAUUGAUGAUUAUGAUAGUGAUUACUAUGAUCACGAUUUAUCCUUUAAAAAUGAAAAUGAAAAAAAUAAUAUGUAUGAAAAUGAGACAUUUGAUAAUGAUAUUCAGAAAAAUAAAAAAAAAAGAAAGUUUUCUUCUUAUAAUUUAGGAAACCAUAAUUUUGAUAAAAUGUUAAAUAAAAAAUCUAGAGAUGACUAUAACCAUGAUGACAUUAGAAAAAACUUUCAUUAUGAUAAUAAACAUACAAAUUAUAGGAAAGAGGAAGAUAGAAAUUAUAGUCAUAAAAAUAAAUAUAAUAUUUCAUAUAAUAACAAAUAUGAUAAUAAUAUUAAUAAUAAAUAUAACAAAUAUGAUGAAAAUAAACAGUACACAAAUGAUUACUUACACAGUGACGAUCGUAAUUAUGUUCGCAAUUCUGUAUACGAAAAAAAAAAAAAUAGUUUAUAUAUGAAUAAUCACAAUGCAAGAAAUAAUAAUAACGAUCAUUAUAAUUUAUAUAAUAAUAAUAAUAAUAAUAAUAAUAAUAAAUAUAAUAAUCAAGAGGGACACACAUCAGGAUUAUAUAAAUACAAAAAAUCAUCAAAGAAUAUAUCACAUAAUCACGUGCCUCAGAAUUCCUUUAAUAAUUUAAACACUACUUCUAACAAAAAUAAUAAUAAACAUAAUUCUUCACACAACUAUGAGAAAAAAUAUUCUUGGAAUCCAAAAGAAAAUGGACAAUAUAAAAAUAAUAACAAUAAGAAAAAGCCCGAAAAUAAUCAUAGGAAAGCUAGUGGUUUGUAUAAAAAUGUAUACUAA